GUCCCACGCAUGUGUGGAGGGCAGAGCUGUUCACCCUCGGCUCUGCUGGGGUUGCUCGAGGGUCGGUGUGUGCUGCGCCGGGGGGAGCUGAAGUCCCUCUGUGUUUCCCGAUAGCCAUGUGAGCCCCUGAUAGCCAUGUGGGCUCCCAGUAGGGGUUUCUCCAGCUCAGAUACAGGCGCUGAAGGUGUCUGUGCAAGAACCACGAUGUCUGAUAUGGUUUGGUGUCAGCCUCAUCAGUGUAAUUUGUUGAGUGCUUUACACCGGUGUCAGAGAGCUCUAGCUGGAGCCAGGCUUUCGGGGGUUUUAGGCACUGAAGAGAAAAAUACUGAAGAUGGUUCAGUCACUUGAGUAAACUAGGGGGAAAAUGGUUGUUGCUGACUUUGAACCUUUCUUUGAAAGCCCGGUUUUUAAGUAGUGUAACAAGCCCGGGAUCUGCUGGCACAGCCCCGUUCCCCACACAAACGACUCUCUGCCGCCGUACCCCUCGAACCUCCACAGACUGUUUCGGCCUCUGCUGCCCGGCACAACCCCCCCUUCCCUUAGCGCUGCUUUUUGGGGACCUCCCCGGCAGCUGAGCCCGCACCUUCGCCGUCCUCAGGCGGGCCGAGGAGGGCGGAGGGAGGAGAACCCGCACCGCGGGCAGCUUCCAGCGCCCAGCCUCUCCUCAGCCGCUGCCCGCCGCCUUCCUCCCGCCGCCUCCUCCUCCUCCUCCUCCUCUCCUCCCCCGCCCGGGGGGGUUAGGGCCGGCUCUCGCCCCCUCCAUAAAGCAGGGCCGGUCCCGUCCCGUCCUGUCCUGUCCCGUCCCGCUGGGUCAUGCAGGCCUUGCCCCGCCGCGGGGGCUCGCUGGAGGCGGCGCCGUGCUCGCGGGAGGCCGGCGGCCAGUUAACUAAGUCAAAUUACACUAUGAUUGAAGAUAAUAAAGAGAACAAAGACCAUGCAUCUGAAAGAGGAAGAACGGCCAUCAUUUUUUCCCUGAAGAAUGAAGUCGGAGGACUUGUAAAAGCCCUAAAACUUUUCCAGGAGAAGCAUGUAAAUCUGGUGCACAUCGAGUCACGGAAAUCCAAGAGACGAAAUUCUGAGUUUGAGAUCUUUGUUGACUGUGACAGUAACAGGGAACAACUGAAUGAGAUCUUCCAGCUCCUCAAAUCCCAUGUCAGCGUUGUCUCUAUGAACCCAACAGAACAUUUCAACGUGCAGGAACAUGCAAACCCCUCAGCAAAGCCUGAUGUUUCUGGGACAUACAUGGAGAAUGUUCCCUGGUUUCCAAAGAAGAUCUCAGAUUUGGAUAAGUGUGCAAACCGAGUGCUGAUGUAUGGGUCUGAUUUGGAUGCUGACCAUCCGGGUUUCAAAGACAAUGUCUAUCGCAAGAGACGAAAGUAUUUUGCAGACCUGGCUAUGAACUACAAACAUGGUGACCCAAUUCCCAAGAUUGAAUUCACAGAGGAGGAGAUCAAGACCUGGGGGACUGUAUACCGAGAGCUUAACAAGCUUUACCCAACUCAUGCCUGCAGAGAGUACCUUAAAAACUUGCCCUUGCUCACCAAAUACUGUGGGUACAGGGAGGACAAUAUUCCCCAGCUGGAAGAUGUGUCCUGCUUCCUGAAAGAGCGCACAGGUUUCACCAUCCGUCCUGUUGCUGGGUAUCUGUCACCCAGGGACUUCUUGGCAGGAUUAGCAUUCAGAGUUUUUCACUGCACUCAGUAUGUCAGACACAGCUCGGACCCUCUCUACACACCAGAGCCUGAUACCUGCCAUGAGCUCCUAGGCCACGUCCCUCUUUUGGCUGAACCCAGUUUUGCUCAGUUCUCCCAGGAAAUUGGUCUUGCAUCACUUGGGGCAUCAGACGAGGCUGUCCAAAAACUGGCAACAUGCUACUUCUUCACUGUAGAGUUUGGCUUGUGCAAGCAAGAGGGACAGCUAAGAGUUUAUGGGGCUGGUUUGCUCUCUUCAAUUAGUGAGCUCCAGCACUCACUCUCUGGCAGUGCCAAAGUCAAGCCUUUUGAUCCAAAGGUCACCUGCAAGCAAGAAUGUCUCAUUACAACUUUCCAGGAGGUUUACUUUGUUUCUGAAAGUUUUGAAGAAGCAAAAGAAAAGAUGAGAGAGUUUGCAAAAACCAUCAAGCGCCCAUUUGGCGUGAAGUACAAUCCAUAUACUCAAAGUGUGCAGAUCCUGAAAGACACCAAGAGCAUUGCCAGCGUGGUGAAUGAGCUACGUCAUGAGCUAGACAUUGUCAGCGAUGCCCUCAGCAAGAUGGGCAAACAACUGGAAGUUUAACAUUCCCAUCAUCAGUGUGGUGUGCUCAGCAACUCUUUUCUUUUCCCCACUCUUUUCUUUCUAGGCAUGUAACGUGCUGUAUGCAGAACUUUCCUUUACAAAUGGUAGAGUGAAUGGCCCAUAAGGAUAAUCACUUUGUUUCUCUGUUUAAAGUCGCUUACAGAAUGUAUUUCUUCCACCUCUAUCCUCCCUGGAUAAAAAAGUCCUAGUGUUCCUUUUCAGAAGCUAGCAGAGGACUAGAGAAAUCACCAGACUGGACCACAGCCGGUGGCUUAUGAGGCAAUCAUAGAAUAAUUUGGUACAGGGAAAUGUCUGUCUGACUCUAGUAGUCUAUGCUGCUAAUUUUACAGUAGUGUAGACUUUAUAGCAUAGAAGUUAUAGUAAUCAGUGCUUCUAUGCCUGUGCUAUUAAGUUUAAAACUUUACUACGAUCCAGGCAUCAGGACACAAAUAGCUGGAAGCUCAUCAUGAUAAAAUGGAGCGGUCAAAUCUCCUUUUCAAAGAGAUCAUUUGUUCCCCUAAAGAAUUGCAACUGUACUGAUUAGCAUCUUUCUAGUAGAAGGCAGAGAUACAGAGCUGUUGCAUGAAAUCCUAAUUCUGCUUAUUUCAAGAGAUUUGCUGUCAGCUCAGACUCAGGAUUUUUGUUUCUGUCCCUGGUAUUGCACCUGAGGGAAGACACUAAGGAAAUAUCAUUUGCCUUUUUCCUCACUGAAUAAAUAUAGCCAAGAUUAUAGCAAGCCAUCAGGUAGUGACUUAUUGCAAUGCCUAAAACCAUUUCCAAAUUGCAAUUCAAUAUUCAAAAUGGCUUCACAGGACUAAGCGAAGCCCACUUCUAAAAUGGCUCUCAUUUUAAACUCUGGUGUUUAAGUUCUUAGUUAUGGCCAAAGUUCAUGGCUUUUUUAUAAGAAUAAACAUCCCAGUGACAGCUCAGUCAUGUCAUUGACCUUGCAAGCUGCACAAAGAUGGAUUUAGUUUCUUCUUUGCUAGGCCUGAACACCUGUAUUCACCGUCAAGCAAAUGAUAACUGAAAGAUCUAAACAUUUUAUAGGAAUCAGUGUCCCACAGUAGUUUCAAGCAUCCUGUGUAGCUGUACAGAGCUGCACUGCCUGCUGUUUCUGCCACCCUGUCUAUGAAAUGAUAUCUGUAUGGGGAAUGAUACAUUUGAAUGGAAGAUCUGUGAUGUGGAGGGUGUAUUUUAUAUCGUGCUAGGCACUGAUUCUUCAUAUGUAGCUCUACAGAAAAGCCACAGUUUGCAACUGUGGAUGUCACUGUGAAAAUCGACUGAAAUUGCAAAUGCACUGGAGAUGUUGAUCCAAGUCCUUUGGGAAUUGGAAAGGACUUUGGAGAACCUCUCUGCUUGAUAAUGACUUUGUUUCAUAUGUCUUCUGGUAGGCUGCAUCUGCUUCAUAAGCAAUCACCGGCCCUAUCUUCCCAAACACACUCACUGUUUAUCUAGACUUGAUUUAAUUUUCCUGUGACUUUAUUAAUCCACUAUUAUUUUUUAAAGAAUAUUUUGGACAUAUAGAAUUGUGGUCUACAACAUUUACAGUUUAUGUCACACUUUCAAAUAGAUUUUAGAUGCUUCCUCUUCCUGAAGAAGAACCAGUCUUUGAGCAGUGAGGGAGGAUGUACUGUCUGCUUCUGUGAUUACAGCUAAUAUUCAGCUGCAUUUUAAGAAAUGAUUGGAUUAUUAUGUUGUUGAAAUAUAGAUCUGUGUUACUACAAGACUUUGCCUGAAUUAUGUAUUCAUUGAGUAGGAAACCUUACAUGUCCUAAAUUAGCACCUAAUUUCAAAUACUUUGGAAAAAAACAGCAACUGUGUCUUUAUUUGCACCCGUGUAACAAAAAGUGUAAGUACUGCUAAAAGUAAUAGAGAGAGGAUGUGUUUUCACAGUGUUAACACAUAUGUUUGGCUUCACACACCCAACCUUUCUGCCUAUGUGUAGAGCAGUGACAAUUUAAAUAUUUUUAACUACUGUGGAGGCUUUAACUGUCGAUGAAAUAAAUAGCGACACCCUGUUGGUGAUUAGUAGGAGCAAAUAAACCUUUACUUAAGCACUGUAGCAUUCCCUUCUGACUAAAGUUUUGUGUAUUUACGCUCUGAUUCGGCUUUUCUGCCCCCGCGCGUUCAUUCCGUGGGGAAUGUUAUAUAUUUUUGUGAGAGGUGACUGUGGCGGGGGCGAGUGGGUCCCCCCCUGAGGCGGCGCGCAUGAGGCGCGACCGUUACCCAACGGCCGCCCGCGGGGGGAAACGGUCCGGGGCGGCUCGGGAUGAGGCGGGGCCCCGCCGGAGCCCGUCCCCGCUCCGCCUCUUUCUCCCCGGCGGCUGUGGGACGGGACGGGACGGGACGGAUGUGUGGCUGCUGGCCCUACGGCCGCGGUGCUGCUCGCCUGGGGUGCAAACAGCUAUGGACAACUUGGUCUUGGUCAUAAAGAGGAUGUGCUGGUACCUCAGUCAACGAAAGAUGUUUCCUGCAAAUGUUGAGACAUUAAGAGCAUUACUGGAGGAGGGGGACAUUCUGCAGUUAUCACUGGUGCUGGAGAGCUCUUUGUGUGUGGCCAUAACAAAGAAGGGCAGCUGGGACUGAAUCACACAGAGGAUGUACUGCGUUUCACUUUGUGCACUGCCCUGUCUGGCUUUCAUGUAAAAGAAGUUGCCUGUGGUUGGGAUUUUGCAAUCAUAUUAGUAGGAAUUGGCCUAGUUCUGUCCUGUGGGUCUAAUGCUUUUGGACAAUUAGGAGUUCCUCAAAUUUCAGGUCCAUGCUUGACUCCACAAAAGAUUGAGGAUUUAACCACUACAAAGAAAAGGUGAAGACACCUUGAUUUUCCUAAGGAUGCAUUGAUCACUGUGGUAAUGGAGUUGAAAUGGAAAAAUGGAGCACCCACUCUUAGAGUAAAUAUCUGUGUAUUUAUGGAAGUUUAGACAGUAAUUGGCUUACUAUUAUAAAAAAAAAAAAGAAACAAACACACACAAAAAAACCCAUUCACAAAUUAAAUCCUAACCCUCCAUGACUUCUGGGAACAGUUACAAUAACUUUUCAGCAUUUUCAGAGCAAAUAAGGACAGGAAGUGAAAUAGAACGCAUUAAAAGGGUUUUAAUUAUUAUGGAUGUUUCAGUUCUUGCUUCAGAUACGUUUCUUGCCAUGAAAACCAUGUAGGUAGGUGACUCUUCAUCCGGUACAUGUCACUGCAGUGUCUUUCCAUUUGGCUCAGUGGAUUGGGUCAUUGAGGCUGAUGGAUGCCAUGGGAGCAGAAGUUCCUCACGUGGCUGCAAUGCAAGCGUGCUGAGCUCAGAUAAUGUUUGUGGCACUACGUGCGGAUAUCACCAGAGGAGGAGGUGGCCCGUGCUGAAGAAGCCCCACUGUACAACAAGCUACCAGAAAAUGAGAAGAAAUAUGCCCUGUUCACUGAUGGGUCCUGUCGUAUUGUGGGAAAGCGUCGGAGAUGGAAGGCUGCUGUAUGGAGUCCUACACAACGAGUUGCAGAAGCUGCUGAGGGAGAAGGUGAAUCGAGUCAGUUUGCGGAAGUGAAAGCCAUUCAGCUGGCUUUAGAUAUUGCUGAACGAGAAAAGUGGCCAGUUCUCUAUCUCUAUACUGAUUCAUGGAUGGUAGCAAAUGCCCUGUGGGGGUGGUUACAGCAAUGGAAGCAGAACUACUGGCAGCGCAGGGGCAAACCCAUCUGGGCUGCUGCAUUGUGGCAAGAUAUUGCUGCCUGGGUGGGGAACCUGGUUGUAAAGGUAUGCCAUGUAGAUGCUUAUGCACCCAAGAAUUGGGCUAAUGAAGAACAUCAGAACAACCAGCAGGUGGAUCAGAUCAAACUGCUAAGAUUGAAGUGGCUCAGGUGGACCUGGACUGGCAACAUAAGGGUGGAUUAUUUAUAGCUCGAUGGGCCCUUGACACCUCAGGCCAUCAAGGUAUGGAUGCAACAUACAGAUGGGCUUGUGAUCGAGGGGUGGACCUGACCAUGGACACUAUAGCACAGGUUAUUCAUGAUUGUGAAACAUGUGCUGCAAUCAAGCAAGCCAAAUGGUCAAAGCCUCUUUGGUAUGGAGGACGAUGGCUGAAAUAUAAAUAUGGAGAGUCCUGGUAGAUUGAUUACAUCACACUCCCUCAAACCCGCAACAGCAAGCGCCACAUACUUACAAUGGUGGAAGCAACCACCGGAUGGCUGGAAACAUAUCCUGUGCCCCAUGCCACCGCCUGGAACACUAUUGUGGGACUUGAAAAGCAAGUCCUGUGGUGACAUGGCACCCCAGAAAGAAUUGAGUCAGACAAUGGGACUCAUUUCCGAAACAACCUUAUAGACACUUGGGCCAAAGAACAUGGUAUUGAGUGGGUGUAUCACAUCCCCUGUCAUGCACCAGCCUCCGGGAAAGUUGAGCAAUACAAUGGACUGUUAAAGACUACACUGAAAACAAUGGGUGCUGGGACAUUCAAAAAUUGGGAUACGCAUUUGGCAAAGGCCACCUGGUUAGUCAAUACUAGGGGAUCUGCCAACCAAGCUGGACCUGCCCAGUCAAACCUGUUACGUACUGUAGAAGGGGAUAAAGUUCCUGUAGUGCACCUAAGAAACAUGCUGGGUAAGACUGUCUGGGCUACUCCUGCCUCAGGAAAAGGCAAGCCCAUUAGUGGGAUUGCUUUUGCUCAGGGACCUGGAUGCACUUGGUGGGUAAUGCAAAAGAAUGGGUAGGUCUGGUGUGUACCCCAAGGGGAUUUAAUACUGGGUGAGAAUAGCCCAGGGGUUGAAUUGUAUUAUGUUAACUAUUAUAUAAUACUGUAUGUCAUCACUACCAUGAUUGCUAUAUGUCAAUGUCCUAUUAAUGGUAUCACAGUAACAGCCAUGCAGAUAAUAAUGAAUGAAUUUUGUUAGAGUUGGACAAGCACAGAGAUGUGAUGGAAUGAGAACGGGCUUCAAUGUGUGACGAUCCAACAUCACACACCAUCUCUACUGCCCUGAAAGACUGCUGUGACAGAUGGAGCCCGAAGUCAGUCACAGACUAUGCAAACUCCGUGGAUAUUCUAUAUACCAUAGAUGAAAAUGAAUAGCAAAGGACAUAGCAGAAAAGGACAUAAAGCAAGACCCAAGUAUCUUUUUCUCCAGGGAUUAAUUCAGCCCUGCAUGUGCUGGACUCUCAGAAGACUACAAAAGGUUGAUGGGGCUGGAACUACUAAGCGGUUUCUGACCAGUUUAGAAAAAGAGACUUCUUCCCUCCUGAACAGAAACACACAUUUCCUCAUUUACAGUGGUUCCCUCCCCAGUGCAGAAAAUUAUUUUUUUUGGUCCAUGAUAACAGAGUAACGGAAGUCCAAGUAACAGAACAACAACUCAAACAAACAAACACACACAUACAAAGGAUCACUUGGGAAAUAAAAAUAAAUAAAAAGUUCUUUUCAAAUCUGAGAGGAAUAAAGUCCAUUUGUCUAAAUGCAGGAGAAGAGAGGACAGGCUACGUCCGUAGGAAAUGAAAGUAAAUUCUAAUGGCCCUUCUCUGCCUUG